AUAAACAAACACAGAAAGACGAAAAACAGACAAACCUGCGAACACUGAGGCUUACUGCGCAGACGCAAAGAUCGCUGACAAACUUGUGGAAAAACAAACAUGAGUCACGUCGACGUGAAAAACAUGAAGCCCACCAAGUUUGAGGACGAGUACUACGACGAGUACGAGUACUAUAACCUGACGGAUAAAUACGCAGAAGGUUCGGCUCGGAAGGGCAGGACAAAGAAGGAGGCCAGCGACAACACCAACAGACACAACCCCGCAGGACAUGAGCGCAAGAUCGUGGAGAAGCUCCAGAACAGCGAGAAGAAAGCCAAGGAGUGAAUAUUGAGGGAAUCUCGGACGGCUCAUCCCGGAAACCGACCAUGGCGUCCUUGGCGACAGAACGACACGUGCAGAUGGCAGGAGCGUCUGAGCUCCGAUGGGCCCGCAGGUGUUGGAGAGCUCUCACCUGAGGCGGCGUGCCCCUGGGUCCCCGCUUGGACCGCGACCGCGCACCGAGACUGCGGUGGCGGCAAAUGGCUCAUUCUUAAGGAUGUUUUUUAAAACUUGUUUUUACGAUUAAAGACUUCUUAAACUGAAA